ACACAAGAAAAUAAAUUUAAAUUUUGGAUGUUUAGAACAUUAACACAAAGGUUUUGGCUUUAUGCCAGCCCCCAUGUGAGGGAUCCAGUGAAGAUGUGACCCCUCCAACAAUUCUACACACACACACUCAUACACAUCACCCAUUCAACUUUUCUUUCCAAAGCUCUUGCCCAAAAAUCCCACACAUCCUUUUCGUGUGAAAAAACUUAAUCUUGUUCUUGUCAAGAUUUUUAUUCAAACGAUUUCUUGCAUUCAAAAUUUCUCAACUCAGCUUACCUCUUUUCUUCUUUCUUCCUCUCUUCUUACACGUGCAAAUCCCACAGAACAAUGCUUUGUAUAAUGGAGAAAAGAUGGUAGGAAAUUUCAAGAGAAGGGUGCUGGCCCUCACCACUUAGCUUUUUGUUUUUUUUUUUUUGAGGAAAAUAUAUUUGGAAAAAAAAAAUCCCACCUGGGGUUUGUAGUUUUGGGGUUUCCAGUUCAGUUAAUUCAGUGUUGGAAGUGAAUUUUCUUGGUAAAAAUGGGAUCUUUUAGUGGUUUAGGAAUAGGGUUGAGCUUUGUGUUCGGUUGCAUUUUGAUGGGGCUAGUUGGCGAGCUCUACUAUUUACUAUGGUGGAAGAAGAAGAUAAUAGCCAACUCUACUAACAGCAGUAGCAGCAGAGAAAAUGAUGACUUCUCUUUCCACUUUUGCUGGAGAAACCCUAGCUCGUUUCGCAGCACAGCACAACUCACCAACUCGGUGAGAAACUCACAACAAGAUUUGGAAAUGGGCUGCUCGGACAAGGACUCGGAGUUCAAAGGGUAUAAUAGUAAUUGCGAAGAGGAUUUGGGGGUGGAAACAGAGUUGAUGAGGAUCCACAAUAGAUUCCUCUUCACCAUCAAAGAGGAAAGCAGAGAGGAUUUGGAGUCCGAAGAUGGGAAGAAAUCGAGAAAAGGAUCAAGAACUCGGAGUUUGAGUGAUCUUGUUUACGGUGUCGAUGGUGGCAUUGGCAAUGGCACCCCGUUUUUAACCCCUUUGUCGUCGCCGAUUAAAACCCUAGAUUCUUACAAUAAUCACGGGUUCAAUCCCCUCUUCGAGUCGCUUACGGAGGCGGAACUGAACAAAUUGAGAUCUUCUCCUCCUCCGAAGUUCAAGUUCUUGAAAGAUGCCGAGGAUAAGUUACUAAAGAGGAUGCUGGAAGAAGCGGAAGCCGGUCGAAAAAAAGGGUUGAAGAAUGACAAAAUUGCCCCUCAAGAUGAGCAAAGUGCUUCGUAUGCGAGCAUUUUGAGAGAGCAUCUUCAUAACCAAGCGACGCAGGUACUUCCAUUAGCUUCGUCUCCGACUUUCCGACACGGUGCUUGAUGACAAGUGUUGUGUGCAUUAGUAGGAAAAAGAUGUUGGUUGGAAUUGUUUUAAGUUGAUUGUUUUUUUCGAGUUCGUGUUUUCGCACCUGUUCAUAUUAUUACAGAUACUGAAACAUCUGUGUUUUGAUUCUUGUACUUCCAUUGAUAUAUAGAGAAGAAAUUGAUCGUCUAGAGAACUUUUAUUCUUCA